AUGCAGGUAAGCGUGGUAGUAGUGUUGGUGACGGAGUAUGGCCUCACGAUUCAGGUAAGCGUGGUAGUAGUGUUGGUGACGGAGUAUGGCCUCACGAUUCAGGUAAGCGUGGUAGUAGUGUUGGUGACGGAGUAUGGCCUCACGAUCCAGGUAAGCGUGGUAGUAGUGUUGGUGACGGAGUAUGGCCUCACGAUUCAGGUAAGCGUGGUAGUAGUGUUGGUGACGGAGUAUGGCCUCACGAUUCAGGUAAGCGUGGUAGUAGUGUUGGUGACGGAGUAUGGCCUCACGAUCCAGCCUGUAUGUACAAGAAUCAAACGAGACGUAGCUUAUAACCAGGACGACGACAGAGAGGUCCAUGACGAUACUAUACAGGUGGACGUCAUUAAGAACUAUUACCAUCUAACCGACAAAACCGUGGCAGCCUUUAACUGGGUGACACAUUUCUGCCGUGAAGCAAGUUACUUUUUCAAAGUCGACGAUGAUGUAUACCUAGACCUGGACGCUCUUAGAGUACUACAAAACAAGGCGGACUAUCUCCCAAAUGAUGUCAUACUUGGUUCCUGUUUCAACAAACGCUCUCCUCACAGAAUUUCCACCAAGUGGAAAGUUUCCUACGAGGAAUAUCCCUUUAAAACCUAUCCGCCAUAUUGUUCCGGUCCCGCGUAUGCCAUGACGCUACCAACGGCUUUAAAGAUACACCAGGAGAUGAGAACUACGCGGUCAAUUAAACUAGAAGACAUUUAUAUCGCAAUCAUUGUUUACAGGUUGGGAAUGUCGGUAAAAAGUGAAGAUGAUUUUGUUUAUGAUGUAAACCCUUUUAUGUUUGAUUACUGGCUACUUAAAGAUUUCUAUAUCCGAUGUCAUAAGGUUAUACAUUAUAUAACACCCGACACUGUCCAAGAAUUAUGGGAUAAAAAGGACACGAUAGGCAAUUAUAUUGUGUUUUGCAUUUUACAGCUUGAAGUCACCAGUAAAGCACCAUCAACAUCUACAAGAUGUAAUGCACUGUCACCAUCACAGGGAUUGGAAAGAGGUUCUCCUAAGUUUGAUUCCAUACCAAGUGCCCUUCCAAACUUUUCUCCCAUCACAAGCAGAGCUUCUUCAUCUCGUACAGGACGGGAUUCUACAAGAUACCCUCUCUCAAGUCUCAAUAGUUCCUUCGGUGAGCGUGAUGUGUGUCGUAUUUGUCACGGAGGUAAUAGUACAGAGCUGCUGCUGUCUCCCUGUUACUGCUCAGGAUCUAUGGGUAAAAUCCACCUGUCGUGUCUACAGCGGUGGCUGGGCAGCUCCAACAAGACCAGGUGUGAGAUAUGUGACUUCCAGUUUACAUUGGAAAGGAAAACUAAACCAUUCAGAAAGUUUCUAGCCAAUCCUGGGUCUCCACGAGACAAGAGGAACUUGAUAUGUGAUAUAAUCUGUUUCUCCCUACUCAUGCCUUUCACCAUCGCCACUGCCUGGCUGUGUAUUACAAAUGCUGUCCAUCUGAACCUCCCCACAUGGGAAAGUGUGGGCCUCUUCUCACUUGCCUUGUGUCUCCUUAUCAUCUUCUGUUUCUGGGCAACCAUAUGCAUUAAACAUAAUUACAACACUUGGAAAGACUGGAGUCAAUUCCAUCAGGAUGUCAAGUUAAAGUGUCAACCUCCACCAGCUGUACCCAAUUCUCAGAGAGAUCAAUCUACUUCAGGGGCAAGAGGUCAUCCACAGUUGACCGCUGUGGAAAUACCAAUCUAUAGACGACAACUUCCACCAAGUCAUAGAUCUCCACAAGCAGCUGUCAGGACUACACACUGCAGGAACACAGGCAUGACCUUAUCUCCCCCACAGAGUAACCACAGCAACAGCCCCACAGGGGUCAAAGGUGAAAGGUUGAGUAAUCAAUGUUGGAGUCCAAAAUCUGGUUAUAAUGCAAGGUCAUUUCAGGACUCAGCAUUUCAAAAUUCUACUGUGAAACAAGAGCUUUUUCCUGGAAUGAGAAGGAAUACUGCUGCAGGUCAAAGGUCAAUUUCACCAGCUUAUUGUAACUUAACUGCAUGUAACAAUCCUAAAUGUCUCGACAAUGAACAAAAUAGAAGGAAAUGCUUCAGUCCAAGACCAAACUGUACUAUAGAAGGAGAGAGGGAACACAUUCCAAGGGUGAACAGUAAUACACUGUCUGGUCAAAGGUCAAGCUCACCUUCUUUAGGCAACCAGAGCAAUGACUUCAGAGGUUUAAAUCAGGAAAAUAUCCUAAACCAAUACCUCGGUCCAAGGUCACCAAAUUUUGUCAGGAAACAAGAGUCAUCAGAUCAGAUCUCAAGUAUCAGGAGCAAUGCAUCUUCAGGUCGAAGUUCAGAGGUUUAUUAUAUGCCUUCAGUAACAGAUUCAAGUUCAAGGUCAAUUGAAUUCAUUCAACAUGGUCAGACUCCAAGGUCAUCAACUCACCAUCCUAGAGAAACAUCUGUAAGUACAGAACAAGCAACAGGUGGAAGCUCCGAUCCUAUUCAUUAUAACCCUAAUCAGCCAAGGCACUCCAGAACAGGUGGAUAUGAAACAUAUGUUUGAAACUAACAACUUUAAUGCGAUAGGCCUGCACAUAUUGAAGUGCAAACUUUAAACUGUAAACAUUGUAUUUCAUGUUUAGUUGUUAUGUUUUCUCUUAUAAUAUUCAGAUGUUCCAAAUCAAAACGAUUUAUAUUCCAUAUUUAUGUUUAAUUAUUUAGAUAUUUAUUUGGAAUACCCAUGAUUAUGUAUUGUUGGUACUGUUUUUAUAUGUGUUUACUAAAAAUUCAUAAUUAUCCCAGAAUUACCAAUGUCUGCAUUCACGUUUACCUUUAAUUAACAAAGCUGGCUUACAAUCAUCAUUCAUCAGAUGUAUUUUUCAUAAUUCUUAGUAUGGAUUCAUUGUUUAAAAAAAGAUAUACUUGUAGGUCACAGGAAGGCAAGCAUACAGUUACUGUAUAUCUCUAAUACACAUGUGUUUAUUUCUAACCCAUUGAAUUUUCAUCUUUAUUUUAGUGCAAAGAAUGUCAGGAAUCUUCUAGUACAAAUUAUUUUUUCUUCCUAGAGAAGAAAGUAGAAACUGGUCUGUGAUUGAUAAUACUGUGAUAUUGAUAUUGAUUUUAUCAAGUCUUAUUUAAAGGGACAAUUUAGUGUUCAAGUAAGUUGUUUUUUUGAUUACCUGAAAAUCAAGUGGAAACUGAAAAUAUAUAUCUCCUAAUGAAAGCAUCAGUGUUUUCCUGUAUGUUUGGUUAAAUAUUACCUCUAUUCCCAUCCCAAUACGAUCUUGACAUAUUAAAAUAUAGAUGUACAGUUUAGUUUCUAGUGGAUCACACUGUUCAUUUCUUAAUUUUCUUUAUAUAUGAUUUAUGAUGAGAAGAACUUCUAAACAAUCAUUUGUUGAUAAAAUAUUUAAGAGAAAGAAAGAGAAGAAAGAUGAUUAAUGAUGUCCUCUGUCUCUAUGGUAAAAAUUAAGAUAUUAAUUAUAUGAACUAGGAAGUAUAUUUAUAAUUUUAUACAUACAAUUUACCUACAUCCCCAUCUUCGCUAGCCAAGUGUUCGCUUCGUAUACACUCUACUUAAGUGGAGUGUAUAUGAAGCGAACACUUGCCUAGCGAAGAUACUACAUCCCUAGAGUAGACAAACAGGGCAGUAUAAAUCUGUUGAUAACGGUUAUCUUUUAAACUCAACAGCCUUCAUUAUGAACUGUAUAGACUACACCCUUGGAGGUAGCAGUAUGUUUCUCUAAAUACUGCUGUCAUUCAAAGGCCUCCUGUGUGUACAUUCUCUCACAAUCCCAGUCAUACAUAUUUAGAUUGUUAAAUGCAGAUCUGUGAUAUUCCAAAUUAUUAUUUGAAAUUACAUAUUGUUGCAUGUGUUUAUGUACUUGUUCUGUUAUAGCAUAAUCAUAUAGUAUUAUAACUGUUCAUUGAAAUGUUUGUUGAUGUUAAACAUUUGGCUGUGAUUUAUAAGCAAAUUUAAAAAAUGUCUUUGGGCAAGAUCUGGCCUGGAAACCCAUAAUGUGGUACUUAGUUCAAAUGUCAAAUACAUAUACAGUGUUCUUGGUACCUACAUAACAAGUCUGAAGUCCUAAUAUAAAACAAUGGCAGAGAAGAAGUUGAUUUGUUAUGAGCAACAUGUUUAAGCAAGAUUUCACAAUAAUUAUGUUUGUACUGAAGCAACAAGUAUUUUGCGCAUUGGCUGCUUAAACUCAUUAUUUACAAUUUCGUUUCAUUUUUAAGUAUUUUGCUACUUUUAAGGGAAGUAGUUAUGAAAUCAAUCAAUAUAUUUGAAAAUUUAACAU